AUGCCAUCCGUAUACGCGGAACAGGGGGUUUCAAACUUCCCAACGGACGUCGCCCAACCCAUCCACGCCGCAAAGCAAGUCGACUUAAAUGCACCCAUCAUCACCGCCGUCGACAAAUGCCCACCCACAAAGAUGUUCCCCGUUCCGGAGAACCUCGACCGGAUUGUCAGAAACCCCGGCGUGCCCCGCGCAAACAUCGCACCGUCGGCAGAGAUGCCCAACGGGUCGCCCGAGGGGAAGCGUGAUCUGACGGUUAUGCAGCAGCAUGUCGAGUUCUUCGACAGAAAGAAGGAUGGGAUUAUUUGGCCGUACGAGACUUACCAAGGGUUCCGCGCGGUUGGGUUCAACAUCUUUUUCUGCGUUUUGGCGAUGUUGGUUAUCCAUGGCGCUUUCAGCUACCCAUCGCUGGACAGUUGGAUUCCCCACCCCGGGUUCCCCGUUUACAUCAAGAACAUUCACAGGCUCAAGCACGGUUCUGACUCUGGCACAUAUGACACCGAAGGCCGAUACAUCACCCAGCGCUUCGAGGAAGUCUUCAGCAAGUACGACCGCGACAACAAGGGUGGCCUGAACAUCCGCGAUAUCCUAACCAUGACCAACGAGAUCCGCAACACCAUGGACUUCUUUGGAUGGUUCGCCAACAAGUUCGAAUGGGGUACUCUCUGGCUGUUGUGCGCUGACGACAACGGUGUGCUCAGGAAGGAGGAUGCUCGUCGCUGCUUCGAUGGAACUCUUUUCUACCACUACGAGAACCUCAACAAGCAAAAGAAGCUCGACAAUCAAAACGCCAAGCAAAAGGCAAAGGCGCUCAAGGCUUCCGCCAAGGUUCCCACUGCCGUGCGAGUCAAGUCGUCGUAAAUUCAUGCUCGUCGUCAUUCAGUCGGGUAUCGACCCGCAAAGCAUUCAGAAUUGCUUAGCACGAGUAGUUUUGCAAGCAUUCCGAGAGGGAACGGCUCUUAGUUUUUGGCAUUCCUUUUCUUCCACUUUUUGUGUAUACGAGGCGAUCAUCCCUCUAUCCUCUUGAUAAAUA